GCGAGUGAGAUCGCGGCGGUACGCUCGCUCGGUGUGGUUACUCGCGCGCGCGCGACGGCGACGAUUCGACGUCGUCGUCCAACAGUCUGCAGGUCGCCGGCGUGGACUGUUAACGCGGGACACGAGGACGCGGCGCGGAUCGCGUCUCUCUUCUUCCUCGCGAAUUACUUCGAAGGAAAGUACAUACCUCGCUGGGUGUAGCAGCGGAGCCUUCGCUUCUAGUGCAUCGCAUCCUCUCCUCUUCCGCGUUCCUUCCUGAGGCGUGAAUCUGAAGCAAAAGGGACCAGGUCGACAGCGAUUUUCAAACGUGAAGGCCCAAGACCCGUUCUAAAGCAAAGAGAGAUCUAACUCAGCCAGGACCUUGGCGAUACAUCUCAUCGUUCGUCUCCUGCGGUGCACCCAAGGGAACGAUGCGGUGCUCGAUGACGUGAUCGACCUCUCGGUCAGCUACGCGCCGUGACCUCGUUCGAGUGGCUGGCCAUUCACUUCUUCGUGACCGGGCAUGAUCGUAAAUUCGAAGAGCACGACAAGACGCUGAAAGAAAAUCGAGCAUUUUCGUAGAAACGUACAGAAUUUUCAUGGAAGAGGCGGCCGUCUCUCGUGGCGUCAACUCGUUGACGUUCUCGAAAAGGGAGGAUGUGCGAGAGGAUAUCAAGAUCGUGAGGGCUUCUGUGUAACACACGAGGGAUCGUGUACUAGGCAAAACGAAGGGCGAACGAUUGAAAUGCGCGAAAGGAGGAUCUGACCAGAUGCUUUGCUGACACCCGAAGAAACGGGCGUAAGAGGAGGAAUUCUGGAGGUAUGAUAGACGCGUGAAGAACGGGAAGAACGCUGACGACGCUGCGCGAGUAAUUGAGUCGUGUCGGCGAAAAAUUCCAACGCCGGCGAAGUGCACGUUUCUUCUUCUGCUACACUCGGGAAGGAAACGAGGGAGGAGACAAUCGAGAAGUACGAGAGAUCCAGUAGCAAAACAUUCAUCUCGAGCUGAGGAAAUGAAAGUACGGAGAUAUAAAAAUCUUUAAUAGGCGGACGUGACUAUGAGAGUCAAUGGACGAAAGUCAAGACGAAGAUACGACACAUCAGACUGUGCUUGAGAUUUUUUUUAUUGCCUGAGAGCAAAACGAUUUGACGCAACAAUCUGAGACAACCUGAGAAAUCUGGGUGGCUAGCUCAGUUUGUUGAAUAAAGUGAGAAAUCUAGGAGGGAAGGCGAUGACAAAUCUCUCCGGUCUUGUCGAGACCCCCCCCGUGUGAAUCUCAGGAGGCGUGCAGGAGGCGCGAGGCAAGGUCGCGUUGGAUGUCCGCGCGGCGUGAUUAUCCGCGAAUCGGCAAGGUCAUACGGGAUCGCCGCAGUGAUCGCGCGCGACGGCGGACAUCCGCGUUCGUGGCCGCGCACGCGACACUGUCAUCACGAGAAUCAUUCCGUUGUCUUCCCCACUCGUCGGCGGCCACAUGACUUGACGAUUGCCUCUUUCUCCUCCCGCUGCUGCUCCUGCCCGUUGACCGAAGGCGGCGGCGGCAGUGGCGGCGACGACGUCACGGCGACGUCGACGUGGACGAUAGCGACGAGGAGCCAACGGCUGACAACGGCGGUGUGGUGGAGGUCCGAUACUUGAAACGAGUAACACGCGCCGUCGGCGAUUCAGUCGUUCGCAAACGGUUGGUCCGCAGGUGCACGACGCGCGUGGGUGCCUGCGAGAAGCGCGUGGAUGGGUGUGUGUGUGUGUACGUGAGUGCUCGCGUUUUCCUGGAUCGUCGUCCGGACGGUGUACACGUGCGUGGUCCAUAAAAGGGAGCGUCUCCCACACAGAGAAGACACGGAAAGAAUCGACCGAGAAGAAUCGCAGCAGGGAAUAAGAAAGAGAGAAAAGGAGCAAACAUAAAGUAGUCCUUUAGAGGCUGCACAGAUCCUUCCUCUUCUUCGUUUCGGUAACCGUGGUGUGUCGUGACACAAUCGUGGUGUUUGUCGUGGUGGCACGGUGUUACCGUCGUGUCACUGCUGCCCUGGCGAGCGGUGGCGACGGUGGCGGUGGUGUUGUUGGUGGAGAUAUAUAUAUAUAUAUAUAUAUAGUAGUGGAUGAUAACUGUGGCUCGCGGGGGUGGCGAAACUGGAGCAGCCGGUGGCGAUCGUCGUCGUCGGUGCAGCGGUGGAGCUAUCAUGUGCACGCGGCGGAUUUUCGGACUGGCGGUCGUGGCCCUGCUGACUCUCGGCGGUCGAGCGCGCGCGUACACCAACCAGUGGGCGGCACACAUCGAUGGAGGAGAGAAGGUGGCCAGGCGAGUCGCCGAGGACUACGGAUUUCGCUAUUUGGGCAAGAUAAAUGAUGAUUGGUUCCACAUGGAGCAUCGAUCCGUGGCGAAGAGGUCGACGGAACCACAUCUCGAAAUGCACCAAAGGCUAAUGAAUGACUUCAGAGUACGUCGAGCGGAGCAACAGCGGGCAAAAUCGCGUACUAAAAGGGAUCUUAUAAUCAAACGUCCGUCCAAUAUACUAACCAUGCUAAACGAUGAGAGGUGGCCUCAGAUGUGGUAUUUGAAUAGAGGAAAGGGGUUAGACAUGAACGUACAAGGUGCUUGGGCUGAAGGAAUUACAGGAAAUGGCGUCGUCGUCACAAUUCUUGACGAUGGAUUAGAAAAAGAUCAUCCAGAUCUUUUUAAAAAUUACGAUCCUCAGGCUAGUUACGACGUCAACAAUCACGAUGAAGAUCCCAUGCCGAGGUACGAUCUCGUAGAUAGCAAUCGACACGGCACCAGGUGUGCCGGAGAGGUCGCAGCCACUGCCAACAAUUCUCUUUGCGCUGUAGGUGUUGCUUUUGGAGCUGGCGUAGGUGGUGUUCGAAUGCUGGAUGGUGACGUAACAGAUGCCGUCGAAGCAAGAUCUUUGAGCCUUAAUCCUCAACACAUCGAUAUUUAUAGCGCCUCGUGGGGACCGGAUGAUGAUGGCAAGACUGUAGACGGUCCUGGUGAACUGGCCACCAGAGCUUUCAUAGAGGGAAUUACUAAAGGUCGCAACGGUAAGGGUUCGAUCUUCGUGUGGGCGUCCGGAAACGGCGGCCGGGACCAUGAUAACUGCAAUUGUGACGGCUAUACCAAUAGUAUCUGGACGCUGUCGAUCAGUAGUGCGACAGAGAACGGUCUUGUGCCUUGGUAUAGCGAGGCGUGCUCGUCCACUCUCGCCACCACAUACAGCUCGGGUUCUACCGGUGAGAAGCAAGUCGUCACUACGGAUCUACAUCAUCACUGUACCAGUAGCCAUACCGGCACCUCCGCAUCGGCGCCGCUAGCAGCUGGCAUUUGUGCCCUUGCUCUGGAAGCAAACAGAGAUCUUACCUGGAGGGAUAUGCAACACAUCGUAGUCAGGACAGCUAAACCUGCGAACCUGCAAGCACCGGAUUGGGUAGUCAACGGCGUCGGUAGAAAUGUGAGCCACAGCUUCGGUUACGGGCUGAUGGACGCCACUGCCAUGGUACGCUUAGCGAGAAGAUGGAGAACCGUCCCGGAGCAACACAGAUGCGAAGUAUCGGCGCCACAUACAGGCAGGACAAUACCACCAAAGAGCCAAUUGGUCCUCGACUUACAUGUCAAGGAUUGCAGCGGCGUUAAUUUCCUCGAGCAUGUUCAGGCGAAAGUAUCGCUGAUGGCAGUGAGACGAGGAGAUCUUCAGAUACAACUAACGUCUCCUCAAGGCACGAAGAGCACUCUUCUCGCUAAAAGGCCGCACGACAUCUCGAAGGCCGGUUUCAGCCAAUGGCCAUUCAUGUCAGUGCACACUUGGGGAGAGAGGCCGCACGGCACCUGGAAAUUAGAAAUUCACAAUGAGGGUCGAUACCUCGGACGCGCUACUCUGCACGAAUGGGCGUUGAUUUUCUACGGUACCGCAACGCUGCCCGAUCGGACCGAGUACGCUCUUUACAAUCCGGCCGGUAUGAGUAUACCCAGACGACCGUUCGUCAAGCCACGCGAGACCAUCCCGAAGAACCAGAACACCCUGGCGAAAGGCAAGCAGACGCAGCACAAAUCCGACAAGUCCGGCAGUAUGAGCCCGCCCUACGUGAUGAACGCUCAGAUUCAGUCCCAGAGGAAGGGCAAGGCCCGCGGUCAGUACAAGAACGGCAAGUCGGCCAAUCGGCCGAAUCCCAAACCCACCGUUCAGACUCUUCGGGGUCUCACCGGAAUCAAUAGAGGGUCCAACAACGUAGCCGGUGACGUGCGUUUGAUCACGUCGAGACCACGUGGGAGAAGUACACCCAGCCCUGUUACCAGCACCGUGACUCAGGCCGUUGCGACAACAAAAGCGCAGACAACCACCGCGACAAGUAAACAGAUUAUUACACAGAAGAUCAUCGACGUGGUUACGGCAUCGCCUCUUCAGCGGGGACUGAUCUUGUUGGAACCACCGGCAAAGGCGGCCACUAACAAAGUCCCGGCGGUAUUUCAACAGUAUCCCAAGAUCCAACAGCUUUAUCCAGUUUACGGUGGAGCUCGCGGUACCGGCCAGCAUGCCACAAGGGCCAAAGGACUCGACCUGCUGCAGGACGAGCAAUUUGACCCAAGGAAUCUGCAACUGGACAAGGACACGCUGGAGGAGUGGAAGCUCGUGUUUUUCGGCACGGAUGCCUCAGUGGAAGUGGACGACGAGCUAGACAAGGACAAGCCGCUGCCGCCUGCGAUCCCUGAAGAAGUCAACAACGCACCUUCGGACGUCCGGCACAAUACUGUGGAUACCGAGGGUGAUCCGUGGACAGGUAGCCGAAAGAUGGAUCGAGUCUCACACCCAGAGGUGCAGAGGCCAACAACGGAGAACCAGACGAGCGGUUGCGCCGCCUUUGAGGCCGGAGGCAGCGGGUGCCUAGGUGGGUGCCUCAUACUACUCCUUCUAGCCUACCUGACCAGCGUGCCCGGCUGGCGAGAGUUGAUCACCAGCUGGCCUGCCUCGACGAACAGUCGGAGCGAAUUUGGCGCUGAGGCGGAUCGGCUGCUGGUCACGGCAGCGAACGUCGUCCCAACGACGACGUCGACGUUGUGGGUUAGCAACGCGACGACGCAACGCGUCCCGGCGGCGAUACAUCGCGCGCCGGAAGCGUGCAGGUGUUCAUGAUGACAGUGGGUCGCGUUUGGCUCCGCGACGGCUCGCAGUUCGAUCCUAUGACUUCGGUUCACCGGGAUUGUCGACGCGGGUGGUCGCGCGGAUCUCGUGUGCCUGACGCAGUCUUGUGAUCCGUGAAAUUCUAAUGUACUUGUGAUGCGUAAAGAGAAGGCAUUGGGCGUAAAAAUUGAAAGAGGGGAAGGGAACAAAGAGGAGAAAUCGUGCUUUCUCUCCCGGUGCUAAUUGUUUCGAGAAGAGAUCGGAAGAAUUAUCAAUACUGGAGUAUCGUCUGUCCUUUUCUUCCUGAGAAAAAAAAACGAAUGUGUGUUGGAUGAUGGACACGUCGAGUCUGAGGAUUCUAUGGCUCCGUUAGAGUGUUCCUCGUGAUCAGGGAAAUGCGAUUUUCUCGUUAACAUGCGCCGUUAGACUUGGCCUAAUUCAUUUGUAUCGUGCAAGAAAGCGAGUCUCUCAUAGUCGACAUGAAACGUCCGGACGUCACUCUACUCGUUAGGAGUGUCAAUGGUAGCUUCGACUGAUCAAAGUUCAUCGCGAUGAGGAUGCAUGGCACGGGAAAUGGAAUUAAAUGGCUACGAGGCAGGAAAUGCAUAGCUUUGUUACCGAUUGCAUGAUGAACUCUCGAUUUCCUGCUGAAAGCGCUCAUUUCUGGAGGAAUUUGACGUAGAGCAUCCUGUAUUUAGAUUAUUAAAAAUAUCUCUUCUUUUUUCAUAUUAUUAUAUUAUAGACUUAGCCUAAUUGUAAAUCAAGUAAUAAGUUAAUACCAAUUAAGCCGACAUAUAUAUUCGUGUGUAAAUUUUUUCCAACUUUUUUGUAUUAAAAAAUAAGUUGCGUGCAACAAGAAAUUUCAACGGAAGUAUAUGUAUUAGACAGCAGAAGUUUGCGGGAAGCUUCAUAUAAUGAUUUUAUGAUAUUAUUGUCGCAAAUCCCAGAGGAAAUUUAACAUUGCAAAUUUCUCGGCAGAUACGAGGAAACAUGAUUUUUUUAUAUGUAUGUUGCACGAUCUAGUGUUCUAUCUUUCUUUC